CCUUACCCUUUUUUUUCUCCCCAGGUGUCCACACCUGCUUCGUAUGUAAAAAGCGCAGUGAGGACGUGCGCCGCUGUAUGAUUCCCGUAUGUGGGAAGUUUUACCACGGCGAGUGUAUCGCCAACUUCGCCCCGACGGCACCUGUGAACCGAGGCUUCCGCUGCUCCAUCCACGUCUGUCUCACCUGCUUCAUCACAAACCCCAACAGCUCGUCCGUCUCUAAAGGUCGUCUGGUUCGGUGUGUGCGCUGCCCGGUAGCCUAUCACGCUACAGACAUGUGCAUGGCAGCAGGCUGCGUCGUCCUCUCCAACAACAGCAUCAUCUGUCCCAACCACUUCGCCCCCCGCCGCGGCGUCAAGAACCACGAACACGUCAACGUCAGCUGGUGCUUCGUCUGCACCGAAGGGGGCAGUCUGCUGUGCUGUGAGUCCUGUCCUGCUGCGUUCCACCGGGAGUGUCUGAAAAUGGAGAUGCCUAAAGGCAGCUGGUACUGCAAUGACUGCAAGGCUGGGAAGAAACCUCGCUUUAAGGACAUCCUCUGGGUGAAGGUUGGCCGGUACAGGUGGUGGCCAGCGGAGGUCAGCCAUCCCAAAACGAUCCCGGAGAACAUUCAGCGGAUGAAGCACGAUGUCGGGGAAUUUCCCGUUCACUUCUUCGGCUCCAACGAUUACCUUUGGACGUACCAGGCCAGGGUCUUCCCUUAUAUGGACGUGGACGCCAACAGCAAGGAGAAGAUGGGGAAAGGUGUUGAUGCCACCUACAAGAAAGCUUUGGAGGAGGCGGCUGUUCGAUUUCGUGAGCUGCAAGCGGAGAAGGAGCUUCGGCAGCUUCAAGAGGACAGGAAGAACGACAGGAAGCCUCCUCCGUACAAACAUAUUAAGGUGAAUCGACCAAUAGGGAAGGUGCAGAUCUUCACGGCCGACCUAUCGGAGAUCCCGCGGUGUAACUGCAAGGCGACAGAUGAGAGUCCAUGUGGGAUGGACUCUGAGUGCAUCAACCGCAUGCUGCUGUACGAAUGUCACCCGCAGGUUUGCCCGGCGGGCGAGCACUGCCUCAACCAGGCGUUCAGCAAGCGUCAGUACAGCCAGGUGGAGAUCUUCAGGACGCUGUCUCGAGGCUGGGGACUCCGCUGUGUCCACGACAUCAAGAAGGGUCACUUUGUGAGCGAGUAUGUCGGGGAGGUGAUUGACGAGGAGGAGUGCAGGUCCAGGAUCAGACACGCCCAGGAGAACGACAUCUGUAACUUCUACAUGCUGACUCUGGACAAGGAUCGAAUCAUCGACGCCGGGCCCAAGGGGAACGAGGCUCGCUUCAUGAACCACUGCUGUCAGCCGAACUGUGAGACGCAGAAGUGGACGGUGAGCGGAGACACCCGGGUGGGACUGUUCGCUCUCGUCGACGUCGCUGCAGGCACAGAGCUCACUUUCAACUACAACCUGGAGUGUUUGGGGAACGGGAAGACGGUCUGUAAAUGUGGGGCACCAAACUGCAGCGGCUUCUUGGGCGUCAGACCAAAGAACAACCCUCCAUCUGACGACAAAGGCCGAAAGAUGAAGAGGAGGGGCCACGGCAAGAGGAAGAAGAAGGUGGUGGUGACCAAAGAACGAGAGGACGAGUGUUACAGCUGCGGAGACGGAGGACAGAUGGUCUCCUGUAAGAGACCCGGCUGCCCCAAAGUCUACCACGCCGACUGCCUCAACCUCACCAAGAGGCCUGCAGGGCGUUGGGAGUGUCCGUGGCACCAGUGUGACAUAUGUAACAAGGAGGCGGCGUCCUUCUGCGAGAUGUGCCCCAGCUCCUACUGCAACCAGCACCGCGAAGGCCUGCUCUUCAUCUCCAAGCUGGAUGGCAGGCUGUGCUGCAGCGAGCACGACCCCUGUGGGCCCGACCCACUGGAACCAGGGGAGAUCCGGGAGUACACGCCCGAGCCCAGAGCCUUGACCUCGGGGCUGGGCAUGGCAGUCAUCCCCUCUGCUGCUUCUAACACCACCACCAGUCCGAAACCGACCGGCAGGAAGGUGCAGGAGAUCAGUGCCGGCGGCGGCACGCGUCCCUCCGAGUCGCUCCCCGCGUUGUCCAUCCCGGUACCCGUCACUAUUCCUGUUACCGCGCCAGCUUCCUCGCCUCCCCCCAGCAGCUCAGAUGCUCCCAGCAGCCCUCCAGCGUAUGACCUCCCGCACUACUCGCCCAUCUCCUCGUAUGAGGAGGAGAGGGAUGUCUUAGAGGACGAGGAGGAGGAGGAAGAGGAGCUGCUGGAGGAAGUGGAGGAAGUGGAGGAGGAGUCGGAGGAAGAGGGCGAGCUGGGGAGGCAGAAGUCAGAUUCUCACGAAGAGGAUGGAGAGGCGGUGAUGGAAUAUGUUGAGAUCAAAGAAGACGACGAGGAGGAGGAGGAGGACGAUGAGGCGGGCGAGGAUGAUGACGACGACGAUGAUGACGAGGAGGACGAAGAG